AUGAGUGAUUUAAAUUUAGACUUAUUUACAAGAUUUAAGAAUAUUUUUAUUAAUCUUGAUUUUGAAUUCAAACGUCUUCUUCAGAGUGAAAAAUAUAAUGGCUCAGUCACCCUCAACAAAGAAGUCUGGACGAUGAAAGAAAUUUUAGAAUGGUUCAUUUAAAUCACUACUGAUAAUCUUAAAUUAAUUAAUUAAAUUAAUCACUAGAUUUAAGGUAAGUACGAUGAUGAAACGGUCUUCAUCCACUAAGAAAUUAAGAAUUUAAAAAGAGAAGAACUAAAUCUAUAUUAUCUUAUCAAGGGUUGCAAACAUUUUAAUGAAGAUUUAAUACAAACCCUGGCAAACGUAAGAUUGAUUGAUAGUGAAAGCGAAUUCAAGAAAAGGAUCCCUAUGAUUUAUGUAGAAAUGAGCCAUUACAGACUUAUGUUUGACCAUAACAUUUACCAUUCUAUACUAAGUGCCAGUUAAAACGAUAUAAUGAUGCAUUUUGAUGACAAAGACCAUCCAGAAUAUAAGUUUGUUAAAUAGCGCUUGGAGUACAUAAAUAUCUUAGAAAAAGCAGAAUAUGUUAAAGAAGCACUUGAGAAAUUUGGCCAUCUAAGUAAUUUAUCAAACUGUGCAUUAGUAAGAACAGUUUCUAAGGAUUCUUCUAAAUUAAAGGCUUUGUUAGAAACUUUUUGGAUUGUUUUCUACUAUCUUUAACCGAAAAAGAGUUUGGAAGAAACAAAAGUCUUUCAAGUAAAUCCUUCAAAUGAAUUAGUAAUUGCUAUUUGGAAUGUUUUUGAACGCCUAUACCCAAUGAGAUUAUUUCUCAAAACUAGUUUACCUAAAGUCACUUAACGUUUGAAAAUAUAUGUUCCACCUGUUUAUGAGCCUAUAACUUUAAAAGAAAUAAUAGAGAAAAACACAUCAAAGACUAUGUUUGAUCUAAAGGCAGAUUAGCAUAAAAUUCCAUAACCUGUACAUUUCAAAAGAGCUGUUGACUCUGUACAAAUUUAGGCAAUGGAAAACAUUAAUGCUAGUAAUUUACAGGAAAGAAAUUAAAAUGUUUAAACUGAAUGGAAAAAGUAUAACCUUUUUGAUAAAAGUAACAAGCAAUCAAUCAAAGUUACAAUACUUUCUAAUAUCCCUUUAAUUGCUCGUGAAAUAGUGGGAAAAUCAAAUGAGGAAUAUUAACCUAAAAAGAAUGGCCCUAAACUAAUUUAAGAUAUUGUUUACCAUAUACAUGGAGGUGGGUGGGUAGGACUAAAUACUCUGAGUCAUGAGAUGUACACUCGUAAAUGGGCCAAAGAUCUAGGUGACAUUCCUAUUUUCUCUGUUGAAUAUUCUAAUGCACCAGAAAACAAAUACCCAAAGCCUCUUGAUGAUUGUUGGUAAGUAUAUUAAUUUCUGCUAAAUGGACUUGAAGAAUACUUUGAAAAUGUUAAAAUACGCAAAAUAAUAAUUGCUGGUGACUCUGCUGGAGGAAAUAUGGCUCUUGGAAUCUGCCUUUUAGCCCUCUAAAGAGGUAUCCGCCGUCCUGAUGGAUUAAUUCUAAGUUAUCCUGCACUCAAUUUAAGAAUGGAUUUUUUUACGCCUUCAUUUAUAAAUAUAUUUAAAGAAAUAAUUAUCCCAUUCAAUUUUUUGAAAGUUAGCUUAGAUAGCUAUAUGGAUAGAACUAAUCCGAACAUAGAUCCUAACUCUGACCCAUUACUUAGUCCUAUUUUAUUCUCAGAUGAAGUUUUAUAACAGUUACCUCCAAUAAGAAUGGCUUGUGGUGACAAAGAUUUACUAAAAGACGAUUGUAUUAGAUUCCUUUAAAAACUGAUAAAGCUUAAUCACAACGUGAAAUUGCUUCUAUAUAGAGAAUUAACUCAUGGUUACUUAAAUUUAGACCUACCAAUGACUUUACCAGCAACAAAAAAAUGUGGCUACGAUUGCGUCUUAUUUGCAAAGCAACUGCUCUCAGGUGAAACAUUAAAGCCUAUAGAGCAUUUUAAUGAAAGGAUUUUGGAAUAAUAAUAACUUUUAGAAUAGAAAAAUAAUUGA